CCGGCCCGGGUCUCCUGGCGACGACGAUGGCGGGUGAUGUGGGCGGUCGUAGUUGCACCGACUCAGAGCUGCUGCUGCACCCGGAGCUGCUGUCCCAGGAGUUCCUUCUCCUCACCCUGGAGCAGAAGAAAAUAGCUGUUGAAGAUGACAUAAGAAUAAACAAAGACAAUCUUACUGAUCUUUAUGUCCAGCAUGCAAUACCAUUGCCUCAGAGGGAUUUGCCAAAGAAUAGAUGGGGGAAAAUGAUGGAAAAGAGAAGAGAACAACACGAGAUAAAAGAUGAAACUAAAAGGAGUAGCACUGUAGACGGGUUAAGGAAAAGACCCCUCAUUGUAUUUGAUGGAAGUUCAACAAGUACAAGCAUAAAAGUGAAAAAGACAGAGAAUGGAGAUAACGGUCGACUCAAGCCUCCCCCUCAGGCAAGCUUUACCAGUAACGCCUUUCCAAAAUUAUCAAAUUCCUCUUCAAGUGUUUCACCCCUAAUUUUGUCUUCCAAUUUGCCUACGAACAAUAAAACGAAACACAGUAAUAAUGACACUAAACAGAACAAUGACUUAAUGCAUAGGAAAAGUGCUUCUGGCUUUGUGAAGUCGCCACCUUUGACCCCUGCUGGAACUACUCCCGUGAAGUUAAAGCGAGCCGUUCCUAAAGAAGAAGCAGAAGCCCUGAAUAACCUGAAGCCUCCAGAAGCAAAGAGGAAGAUACAACAUGUUACCUGGCCGUGAAGGAAAGUUUCCGAAAUGUAAAUAUAACUGUAACUGUAGCUUUUCAAACAAGUUCAUAUAUAUUGACAGUAUUUACAGAGAUCCUGAUUAUUGCGGAAUUUUCUUAAGAGGUUUAAAAUAGGUUCAAAAAAUAAAGUCUUUCCUUUCCUUCCCUUCUCUUCUUUCCUCCCUUCCUUUUUUAUUUUAAAUUUUUACCCUUUAUGCCCUGAUUCGGAAAGAAUUUAUUUUUAAACUAAUGGCUUAGUAUGUUAUUUAUAUUGACCUUAGUCAGAUCGUUAGCUGCAGGUCUGGUAUAAAGCAGCCAGUGAAUUUUAGAUUUUAGGAAUUAUUCUCAUUAGUCUCUUUCAGACUUUGGGGAAACUUGAGAUCUUUUUUUAAACUCAAGUAUUUUACUAGUUCACUACUUUUAUUAAUUUCUUUUCCCAAGCAGAAGCAUCUAACAGUUCAUCACGAUAUUUUAGUAAGUAUUGCCACACUCAUCCUCAAGGGUUCACCAAGAAAGGUAUCUUGUAGCACUGCUAGAAAUUAUUCACAAUAUGCAGAUGAAAUUGCAGUUCUGUAAUUGCUUACAUUGCUUCUUCCCAUAAGGGAAAAAAAAGGGAAGUCAGCGCUUGCUAUUGCUCCUUCCCUGAAGUCACAACAGAAUUGAUUUAUUAUGAGUUUGCUGUUCAAUCCUGUACUUGUUCCAUUGUUUACAAUGUUCUUGUCAUGCAUCAGUCCUAUGUAUUCUUCUUAUGAGCAGUCUGUGAUCUCAUUCUUUGAGUUCAGCUAUUAACUUUCUCCUAGGAGCUUAAUCAUUUCAAAAUGAAAUUGAUUUAAAAAUAUUCAGGCUGAGUAAUCAUGUUGGAGGUGUUACAUGAUGGCAGAAAGUUUAGAGAAUAGAAUAGAAUUCUGAACUUGUGAGAGUCCAGGAGGUAUAGCAGUGAGGGGGAAAAUCAGUGUGAUCUGGAGUAGGCAGUAGAGGAGCUACUGGAGUGGAGCCUGUGGAGUCCUAGCCAGACAGGGCUCCCCACAGGUAUAAUGUGGACAGUUUCCCACAGGGGUGUUCCACUCAGAAUUAUCUGCUUAGGUUUUUUGUUUAUUUUUAUUCAAGUAGUAUUAUCACUGCAGUUAUAUAAUGGAAACCACUGGAAAAAUAGGAUUUACCUUAUAUUCAUGAGUUCUAAUGUCUGCUUUUCUGCUAUGUAUUUCUAAUCAAGAGCAAAGGAUACCUUAUAUGCCUUUUUCAAUAUGUUUUAGAGGAGUCUCAUUUUUCUUUUGAUGUUAAAACAAGCAUUUUAAUUUAGCUAUUGAAUAGCCUUCCAAAACAUUAAUUCAGCCUUGCAGGUAAGUACAUUACUAAGACUUUAACUUUAUAGUUUUUAACACUUCUGCCUUUAUUCCAGACUAUAAGGCUGUACAUAUAAGACAAAAUUGAUACAUACUAAGUGUUGCAUAAAUUGUUAGUAUUAUAGUAAAUUGUUAAAUAUAUAGUUAUCUGCAGGGCUGAUGUAUGUAAUAUUGUUGAUGGGCAGCUGUGAUCCUGUACAUAAAUACAUGUUAAGGGAGAUUUAAAAAGUGCAGAUUUCCCCAUACCAGACAGCCACCAAAAAAUAAAUAGAUAACAAAAAGUUCAGAUUUUGGGUAGAAUGACAAAUUAUAUUUUCUAUUCAGUUUUCCCCUCUGCUUCCUUCUGCAUUUCUCUCUUAGUUAAGAGAGAGUUAGCCAUAUGACAAUUUUAAGUCAGUGGGAACUUAUUUUUAGUUACUCAGUGAAAUUAAUUUUUAAUUUGUAUAUUUAACUUACAGAGUAGGUUGGUAAUAACAGCUGAACUGUGUAACAUUGUUGCUUCAAAUUGAAGUCUAUAUUAUGAACAUUCAGAAUCGGUUCUCAUACAGCAGCAUAUUAUUGAGCUAUUUUGAGUUUGACAUGUGGAGAAGUGCUAAACUGUGUACUAUGUAUUGCGUAAUCCCACCAUCUUCGAGUGCUGUGCCUUCUGAAAGUGUAUGGAUACAGCUUGUCUUGCAGUGUCUUUCUCCACAUAGUGAAACAUGCUGAGUGGUGGGAAUCUGGAGCAACAGCAUUGGGAGUCUUACUUUUGAAGUGUUGUUUUGAUUUUCUUGAAAGGUUAGAGGGACUUGAUUUGAAUGAGGAGCAACUUUGGAAUACCCUUUACUCACUAACAAGGGUUAAUAUUGUUGCUCUUGAUUCUAUAAGCCAAUAAAGCCAGCUUUUUUUAUUGUUGGGGUAGGCAAAUGUGUGGCAUUAGAGUCAGUGGGUGGCUUGUGAGAUGUAGUUAUUAUAUGCACUUUACCACUUGCUGCCAUUAGCAGGUGGUCCUUGUUCUUCUUUUCCCUCUUUGUUCCUUGUUUUUCAUUUUUCCCCCUCCCCCAUAUGUUUUCUUUCUUUCCUUCCAUUCUUCCUCCUUUCUAUAGAUCCUAAGCCUCAGGCUUAUGUUUGCAAGUCAUAUUGCUUGGCCCUAGUUAUUCACUGAGGGGUGAAGGUAGGCUGACCCCCAGUCCUCUGCAUUUGAGGGAUCAUAGACUGCUGUGUGAUUUCUGGAAAGUCUGCAGCACCAGGGCACUCAGUUGCUUCGCAGUGGCUGUGAAGGCAGUACACUUUUCCAAAACAGCCUUAUUAAUUUAGUCAGCCACCAGGCACUUUGGAAAGUUGGUUCAACUGUACUAUGAGGCCAUAAUAUAUUUGCCAGUAUUAAAAUUCUCCAGAAUUGGAAUUAUUAUCUGAAAUAAUAUUUUGGCUGACUUGAAAGACGAUUCUAAAACUGAUCUAGAGACUCAUUCAAUAGCAAUGACCUUUUUAAAACUUACAUUAAGUAAAACUGCCAGUAGAUUAAAUCAUGUAUAUAUGUAAGAGCUUCCUCUAUUUACUACUGUGGAACUUCAGUAAUUUUUAGAGGCUACAAAAUGGUCAAAAUGUUUUUACAUGUGCUCUUUUAUUAAAUGCUUGUGCAGGUUUUGUAAUGCAGUACGGAAAAGUUUAACCUUGUAAUGUACAUUUUUGUAUGUAAAAGUCUUUUAAG